AUUAUAUGUGAAUAACACCAUUGGGUCUUGCGCAUGUCCAAGAAAUUUGAGUAUGUCGCUCAUAUUUCAUAUCAGUCGCUAGGCAUUUCCGUGAGCAACACAUACAUAUUUAUGGUUACCCAAUGUUAAUCUUUUUUAAACUAUGUCAGGGCAUACUUUAUACAAAUUAUCAAAAUUUAUUGUGUUUUUAUCGUGAAUUAAUAAUCUAAUCGAAUGAUAACAACUCUAUCAAACGAUGACUCUAUGUUCAAAAAGAAAAAGGUGGAAUAAGUUAAGAAAAAGCACACCUGGACUUGAAGUUUUUUUUUUUUUUUAAAUAAUAAUAAUAAUAUGAAAAUCCCCCAGAAGAUAACAGUCGCUUGUUUGGGAAAUUUUAAUGAACAGAAAACAGUUAAUUAGUGGAAGGAUGUCGAAUGCAAAACCAAAAAAGCACUCCAAACAGAGACCUUUUGCGGUAAUUACCUUGGGUAGACUCUACAUUAGUCUUAUCAGAUCCGGAAUAACUUUAAGUGGAAAGUCACCACAAGCGCUUAGUAUAAGGAGAUAGAAUUCAACCGAGAACCUUAAUAUUUUAACCGACAUUUUACCUAUAAAUGUAGAGGUGAUCUAUUAUGAAACAGUUUGAACUUGAGUUAAAGGUGGAAGUGUUUGAUCGAAGCAAAACUUUUGUUGGGUGCAGCUGAAAGUGAGGCAAUCAAAAGCAGUAGUAGUAUGGGAUUAUUUAUAUUUUUUUUAGCAAUUAUCAAAAAGAAAAAAGAGUUCACUGAGCCGCCACUAACCUUUAAGGAAAGCAAAAAAUACUACUUCAAUGACUGCCCAGCUUUCGUAGUUAACAAAGUGAAGAGCCCACAAAAUAUACAUCGUACAAAGGGCAAAGAAGAUAAAAAUUUUCCUUGUGUCAUAGCUUUGGCGUUUUUCGCUUUGCAGACAAGCUUGGAAAUCUCAGAGAAGGCAAACAAGUUUUUCGAUCGGCACUGAUUAAUAUUUGGUAACGAAGAGGGGAUGCGAGAAUCAGCAUUGGAUUGCAAGCUUAUCUCAAUUUAGUUAAAAUCCUUGGGUUUAAACAAAUAUUAGUUAAAAAUGGUUUACUCAGAUAAACAAUAUUUGCGCCAAUAUCUUUAUUUCUUUUGGUUUUAAGUAGAAAGAAGAUUUUGGUGAACUCUUAACCCUUGUUAUGUUAGGCUACACUGACGCCUUACAUAGAUCCAUUGGCCCGUUUGUAUUCACAGAUAGAGAAAGCUUAACGUUAAUUUUCGAUGUCUCCUCUAGUCCUUUGAACUGGGUGCCAUUAUAAUAAACGUCUGAUAAAACAGACAAUCUUAGCGUAAGUGAUUGUUGGAAAACUGAUUAAAAUUUGGUUCUCCCGCAUCGGUCAACUUUGUGCUUGGCUGAGGUCGGCUAAUAUUCUGAGUGUGAGAUUCUGAUUGCUAUAUGUCCAGUUUCAAAAAGCAAUUCUCGGAUUCAUCAUCCUCGCGCUCGGCUCGGCUUUUAGGGUGCACUCUGCGGUUUAUCUUUAGUUCUUCCCGUGAUGAAAAGCCGUGCUGUUCUCGGUUCGACACUGAAGACUCUUCCUUUACUUUGCAACACGCCUACUAAAUAUUACGCAGUCAUACAACUGAGAAUUAAAAAUUAGGGCAAAUACAUGUGCGAAAAAUAUAGUAAGAGCAAAAUAUAAAUUAGACGCCUUUACUCCAUAAGCGUUCACUCUCACGCAUUUAGAUUUGCACCACAGGGUUUCACUCAACUUGAGCGCUUGAGCGAGUGUCACAAUGCGCCGGCUAACCGUGACUAUCACUCAAGGCGUUCAUAUCACAUAUGUUGGAAAGCAUUUAUUUACCUCCCUUGGACGCUUUGCCAACGAAAUUACUGCACACCCCUGAUACUCGACUCACUCACUUAAGACGAUGAGUUAGUUGAACGGCAGGCGACAUCGUGAGUGCUUAACGGCAGAACUGCAUGACUGACGGCUGAACUUAAGGGCAAUGGAAAAAGUGUAGAAAACAAAAAACGCAAAAAACAAAGUGAAUUACUUGAGCGAAGCGCUGGCGUUGAAAGAGUAAUUUGCAAAAUACAAUUGUAAAAAAUCGAUUUUUGGUGCGUAACCACACGCACUUGUGCCCGCAAUAGCGAGACGUGGGACGUCAAUUUAAAAAUACACACGAAACUAAGCUCAUUUUAACAAAUAAACACUGGAUAAUUGCAAUUUUGCGCUAGAAAACUUUGAAAGUAACCAAAUUUGAUUAAAAAGAAAAAAUUGUUAAAAAUGCAUACAACAAAUCAGCACGUUAACCCUUUGCCGCUAGCCGCCGUUGCCGCUGGUGGUGGUGCUGGUGAAUGUAAUAGCAAGCCGGUCAAUAUGACCGCUGCAGCCGCUGUGACGCUGGAUAAACGUUUCUCGCAGCAAGUGGAGAGUGUAUAUCCACAGAAGCGACAGGAUGUGCUGAAAUGGUACGGCUGGGGCUAUAAAGAUUCGCAAUUCUAUGUGGACAAUGGCAUUAUUGGCUUCAAGGGCGACAAAUACCCGCUCGAAGGCUGUACGUUGCCGUAUUUCACCGAUUGGGUUUACAACAAGUUCCACUUGCGUGUCAACGAAAAGACGCCAUAUCCCCAAAUGCCUACCGAGUUCCCAAAACCCACCGUCAAUGCACCAUUUUUGCGUGAACUUCAAUCCUCUAGGCUUAACCAUUCUCAGUCGGGCGAGGAUCGGCUGAUACGUUGUCAUGGUCAGACCUUGCAUGAUAUCUACUAUCUCUGGCGCAACGAAUUUAAACGCAUACCUGAUAUUGUCGUCUGGCCACGGCAGCACGACGAAGUCGUGGAACUCGUGGCGCUCGCAAAUAAACAUAAUGUUGUUGUUAUACCCUAUGGCGGCGGUACUUCAGUGUCUGGUUCCAUUACCUGUCCGCAGACGGAGAAACGCAUGAUAUGCGUUUUGGACACUUCACAGAUGAAUCGUUUAUUGUGGCUGAAUAAAACAAAUUUGACAGUGUGUUUUGAGGCUGGUAUUGUGGGUCAGGAUUUGGAGCGUGAGCUGCAUAAGCUCGGCUUGACUGUGGGCCAUGAACCGGAUAGCUAUGAGUUCUCGACACUUGGCGGUUGGGUGGCGACGCGCGCCUCCGGCAUGAAGAAAAAUGUCUACGGAAAUAUUGAGGAUUUGGUGGUACGCGUGCGCAUGGUCACCGCCACGGGUGCUGUGUUGCAGCGUGAAUGCAUGGCGCCGCGCGUAUCUUGCGGACCGGACUUCAAUCAAGUCGUAAUGGGUUCUGAGGGCACACUUGGCGUUGUUACGGAAGUGGUAUUGAAAGUACGGCCACUACCACCGGUUAAGCGUUACGGUUCACUUGUAUUUCCAGAUUUCGAGCGAGGCGUGCAAUUUAUGCGCGAAGUCGCUCGUAGACGCUGUCAACCGGCGUCGGUUCGCUUAAUGGAUAACGAGCAAUUUAUUUUGGGUCAAUCACUGAAGCCAGUGCGGGGUUGGCUGGCUAAUAUGAUCGACUCACUGAAGAAGACAUACAUCACGACAUGGAAGGGACUGGAUUUGACCAAAAUGUGUGCAGCCACAUUGCUAUUCGAAGGCGAGGAAGAGGAUGUGCGACGACAGGAGGUACUUAUUUAUGAGAUUGCCAAGCAGUUUAAGGGAUUUCCGGCAGGUGGACAGAACGGCGAACGUGGUUAUAUACUGACGUUCGUCAUUGCGUACAUAAGGGAUUUCGCAUUGAACCAGCAAAUUGUCGCCGAGUCCUUUGAGACUUCGGUGCCGUGGGAUCGCUGCAGUGCGCUCUGUAGGAAUGUGAAGCGGCGUGUGGAAGCGGAAUGUCACACGCGCGACAUAAAGGAUUUUCUUAUCUCAUGUCGUGUGACGCAGACUUACGACGUUGGCGCCUGCGUUUAUUUCUACUUCGGCUUCAAGCACACGGGCAUUGCAGAUCCUGUCGACACAUUCGAGCAGAUUGAGACGAGCGCGCGAGACGAGAUACUCGCCUCCGGCGGCUCGCUCUCACAUCAUCAUGGUAUUGGGAAAAUACGUAGCAAAUGGUAUGAACAAACAGUUUCAACGGCCGGUAGCGAGCUGUAUUUGGCGGCAAAAAGACAAUUCGACCCGAAAAAUAUUUUCGCUGCCGGCAAUCUACUAACCGAGGAACAGUGGCUGAAGGAAAGUAAAAAGGGGAGCGACAUUGCGUCACCAAAACAAACCACCGAGUUCGAGUCUAGUUCAAUGGUUAAGGCGAAACUAUAAAGUCGUGACACCUAACCUAGAAAAGAAAAACUACUUAGAGACAUUAGUUUUAAGUGGGCUAUAGCAAAAUGUAGUGGAAUUGAUUUUUUUUUACAUUUUUGUGUUUAGUAAUAUAACUGUUUAUUGUUAUUUUGAGAAAUACUUACAGCGCUUACUUACUUACGUACAUAUUAGUAUUUUGCUUAAGGAUCUUAAUUUUGCUAUGUUCCUUUUGGGAAUAAUAUUUACUUUCCGGGCUAGAGACUUCGCAACCAAAUAUUUUACAUUAUCUCUUUUAUUCCGGCAAGUUUAGAGUGUUUGAAGUUUUAUAAUGGUGAAAAAAUAAACCAAAUUAUAAU